UUCAUCCAGGGAGCUUUGGUGAAAUUACUGAAAGAUGCCUUCUGCCUUUGUUCGGAUAUCUUUUUAAAUAUUUACAAGUUGUCAUGUCAUCUCUGACUGGAAGAGGAGAGAAAUUUGCCGCCUCCUCGCUCUGGAGCCCAGAAGUGCAGCAUCACUGUGAGAAAGUCAGUUUUCCUGCAAAAGAGAAGCCAACCAAGGAGCGUCCCACUCCGGAGGGCUCCAGGAGCGACCCGAGGAUGUGCCAAAGAGCGCACGACGUCCCGUACAAGUCGCUGCCCGGAGCCGUGGGAGACCGCAUCAGGACGUCCUUCGGCGGCGGGACUUUGUGCAGGAGCUCCCAGUCGGUGAAUCCGGGCUUCGGGAGGUCUGAUGGGAAAGUUGCGUGCUGUGAGAAGUGCUCUGCGACCCUGGUAGCUCUGAAGAAACAGGCGCUGAGUCUGGCUGUUCACCAUCACUUCUCCUGCAAGGACUCAAGUGAUCUGUCAGCAUUUCUUCAUGACAACCUUCGUGUCCAUAGUCGGUCCAUUGCAGAGUCCAGGGAAAGAGACCGUGAACAGGGCGAGUGUGGAUCCUGCGGUACGAACCUGAACCAGCUCAAACAGGAAGCCGUCCACCUGGCUCUGAACAGGGGUCAGUCUUUAGCUAAGCCUCCUUUUGAAGCUGCUGCUUCACUGUGGGGACAAACUGAGACAAACUAUGGAGACAGGGCUUCCAGGGAGGCUCUGCACCAACCGCACAGUCAAACCUGUAGUCCUCACAGUCCCAGAAGCCCCAGGACGCCUCAAAGAACCCCCCAGACCCUCAGACGAAGGGGUCCCAAGCCCCUAAACCCCAACAUGGAUCGAUGGGUGGAGGAGCAACAGCAGCUGGUGUCCAGAGCUGAUGGUGUCACCACAUACCAUCAGGCUGCAGAUGAUGCCACUCUGAGCUGUGGUGAUGCCGGGACUGUGCAGACGAACUCAAAGAUCCCUCACAUCUCCAGAGUGGUCAACAUUGCCAACACUGCUGCUAUGUCCUUUCUGGCCAGGGCAGCUGAGAAGCUCAGCUUGACGCUGAGGAAGAAGGGCCAGGCUUCUGAUCCAGCUCCCUCUCACUUGUCCACCUGCUUCAGGGAGAUCAUCCAGAAAAACCCUCCACCCGUCCCCUCCUGCCUGCUUCAAGCUGCCACCAGAACCAAAGACUCACCCAGCGUUGGCAAGGUCAAAGUCGUGCUGAGGGUGAACCCAAUGCUGUCGCAGGGCCAAAGCCAACCACCUGUUCUCUGGAUCGACCUGUCCAAGAAGAGAGUCACCAUCAUGGAACCAGUCACCAGAAGCCAACCGUUCACCACCAUGACGCUGGGCAGGGACAGCAAGAGUCUCCUGAAGACCUUCAACUUCGACGCUGCCUAUUCCCAAGAGUCAAGCCAGGCCGAGGUGGGUGCCGGUGUCCUGGCUGACGUCAUCCGCUGUGUGCUGAGCGGCAGCGAUGGAUGCGUCCUGGGUCUGGGAUGUGCUGAUGUGGGCUCCUGGUCCAGCAUGGUGGGCAGCAGUGAGAACAUCCAGAAGCUCGGGCUCAUUCCUUGUGCCAUCUCCUGGCUGUACAGCGGCAUCGAGCGGCGCCGGGAGAAGACCUGGACCGACCUGACGGUGUCGGUGUCGGCCGUAGAGCUGUGCUGCGGGGAGGAGGACACGCUGAGGGACCUGCUGGGGGAGGUCGUCCCAUCAUCAGGCGGCAUCCAGGACAGCCCGAAGGCUCGGAUUAGACUCCAGGAGGACCCGGUCUACGGGGUGCAGCUACGGAACCACAACCGAGUGAAGGCCCCGACGGCUGAACGGGCAGCUUCCCUCCUGGAUGCAGCCAUCGCAGCCCGUCGACACAGCGAUUUUGUCACCUACUUGUCCCACAGCUCCAUAAUGUUCUUCACUCUUCACAUCCAGCCUCCUCGGACAGAAAGCAGCACCAUCGGGAAAGGUUCACGUGGCUCCACUAAGUUGACCAUGAUAGAUGUGUGCAGUGGAAUGAGAGGGAUUAACAAAAAUAAACCUCCUCAUGCUGAACUGGGUCCGAUAGUCGUGUCUCUCCUGAGUGGACAUAAAACCUCCUCCAGCAAGGCUGGUAAGUUGGCGAUGCUCCUUAGAGAGUCCUUGGGUCAUGCUAACUGUCACACCGCAGUGAUCGCUCAAGUCGCUGAUUCACUGGUAAACCUUCAAGAGACCUUCUCCACCAUCCAGCUGGCUUCUCGCAUUCGCAGGACGCAGAAGAGGACAAAGCAGUCCACAUCAUGUUCUCCAUACGGGAGGAGUUUGACCAAAGAAAAGAAAGGCCCUCCAUCUUUCUCCCUGCGGACUUUCCACUCCACCGAUGAGGUUGAUGUCGACAUGCGUCCUUUCCGCCUACGUGGGGAACUAGACGAACGCUCCAGCAGCGACCAGUCCUGUGACACAGUUAUCCAAAUAGACUGCGAUGGCUUGGUUAACUCUAAAGUAGCCCCAAGGCAGGUGCAGCCCGAGUUCGUGCCCAUCAUACCUUCACUGCAUCCUAACAAAGCCGACUUGGACGACCCAGAGUUCACCGCUCUGCUUCAGGAGCUGCUGAGAAUUCCUCAGCUGCAGGCAGAAAAGAAGACGGAGGAAACAGUUCAAGGGCAUCUUGAAGCUCUUAAAGCAGAGAGGAAGCAGCCAGAGAGGGACUGUCUGAAAUGCGACACAUUUGCUGAACUUCAGGAGCGUUUAGGUUGCAUUGAUGGAAGUGAGGUCAUGGAUGUACUCAAGUCUUCCUCUAAAAACGCUUCUCUUAAUAAUACCCCAACCAAAUCCCAGGUCCAGAAAGACUCAGGGAAACACGCAGAAGCAUCAGAAGCACCGCAGACGUUGUUGAAUCAGGGGUUAGGUUGCAGCCAGACCUCUGCAGGAGAAAAGCAAACGGAUGGUGCUUUCCCUGGAGACACUUUCCAGAGAGAGGACUCAGGUCUGUACGACUGUGAGGAGUGUGGUGCAACCAGCUCCAGCGAGGAACUGCUGAAUCAAACUCUCAGUCGUAACAUGACCUGUCGUACUGAGCCUCCUAAGACUGGAGCUCCUAAACCAGGUGAUGAGCUCUCCUCCAAGGGCUUUAAUGCAGAUGCUCAGGGCAGUCAGCCUUCAGGAAAACAAGGAAGUCCUGAAGCUGCUGAUUGGUUCAAACCGGACAAAAGGACCUCACCAGUUGGAAAGAGCACCCCCAUAUCUCCUUCCUCGUCCUGCUCGGCUUCAAACACUUUAACUAAAAGUGUUAUACUUGGAGAUGUGCUGCAUAAUCACCCCAAAGAGGACAUUAAGGAAAUGAAAGCCACGAUUACAGUGACUGUUCAACAGCCGCUGGGCCUAAAAGGUCAAGAUGAACUGGUCUUCUCUAUGGUGGAGGAGGUGACCAUUAGUGGAGCGUAUGACCGAGGGAGAACAGGCGGAAACAUUAUUUGUAUCAGGGAUGCUGCCCAGUCUCAGGCAAAUACUGAAGGCUCCGCUGGCUCUCAACCAAUCAGGAUAAUCAGCAACAUCAGCGAAGAAUCUGCUGCAGGUUCCUCUAACACAAACAAAAGCUCAGGUAUUCAGCCUGAAGCCACAAAGGCUGGCAAUGAAAAGCCCCAACAUCAGUACAGGAGGGAGAAAGGGUUCCUGCCUUCAUUUAUAAACCACAUGUUGAUCGACACGGAUGUGGAUUGUGGUUUGGACGGUGCCAAAGAAAAAGACAGUCGUCACGAAACUGAGCUCAAAAGAUAUAAUGUUAAAUGUCCAGAAAGUAGGAAGAUUCUUGAGAAUAAGAACGGGAACAACACUUGUUACUCAUCUAGCCGCCAGAUCUCUGACAACCCGACUAUCCUGGAAGAUCCGGGUUUCUGCAACAAAUCAGCAGAAAGCAAAAUGUUUGAAAAGAAACAGGUAGACAAGCAUCACCUUAGAGAUGGUGAGCCUGUUUGUUCCACUCAGAGGGUCUCGGAGGGGGGAGAAAUCGUUAGCAGAGAUGUUGGGAAUCCUCCCAGGAGAGCUGGCUUCUCACCUGGUUGCCAUGAAACCACCCUGGCUUCCUCUAAAACAGGCAGUUUACCUCGAGGCUGGCAACACACCAGCUGCCUGGACGGCCACCUCGGCUGUCACGUGGCAGACGACCGCAGAGACCCAAGGGGGGUGACAUCAUCCAGUCCUUGUAGCCCCGGGGUAACUCUGGAGAGGAGGCAGGGCAGACAGCACUCCCUCCAUAUGUCCUCUCCUCGGAAACACGGAGCCGAGUUUAAACAGGAAUCUAGCGUUGCUCUCAGAAAGGGUGGUGGGUCUUUGUAUGAGAUGUCAAGUCCAAAAAUGAAACACAAGAACACAAGUGGCAACGAGGACAGCGGCAGGCUUUUCAGCGCCAAACUGGAGCAGCUGGUUAGUCGGACUAAUUCACUGGGGAGAACCCCGAGGGACUUCCCAACUCUGCAGAGAGGCAGCAGCAACACUUCCAUGAGCUCUAAGGGGAGCUCCAAGGGAAGCGUCGAGGCUGGGGCCUGUAAGUCAGGCCAUAAAGGAAAUAAUGAGCGGGACUGUACCUUUCCUAGAGCCAGCAGGAGCCCCAGGAAGAAUCCUCGUUCAGACCAGAGUCACCACUUCUUCCCUUCUGAAAACCAUGCGGCUCAUUCCGGUCGGCAUUCCAAGCUCUCUGCUGUUGGGAAGCUUAAAAUGGCCGGCCCCAAAGUGCGCCGCCUGUCCGCCCCCAGCAUCAAGAACCUCAGCAUCUCCCACAAGAACCUGCAGCAGUCCAUCAACCGCAGCGCCAGCCUCUCCCCGGACAAUAAGUCGGUGAGCUUUGAGCGGACGUCCUCGUUUUUCUCCUCCUCCCCUCCCAGAUCUUAUCACUCCAUCAGCCGGACUCCGAGUCAGAGCUCCACGUGUUCGUCUACAAAAUCUGCCAUCCAGGGGUUCGUCAACGGUCGGAUUUCUGACCUUCUCAAAGACAAACCCUCCAGUCCGACAGCAGCGGCAGUACCGGACCAAACGACGGCGCUGCCCUCCCCGUACAGCCAGGUGACGGCGCCCCGCAUGCCGGACCACAUGAGCGGACACGCCAGCGACACGACCAGCGUGUUGAGCGGAGACCUGCCGCCGGCCAUGGGGAAGACAUCGCUGUAUUUUUCCAAUAGGAACAGUCUGGUGAGCAGCGGCUACGACAGCAUGGUGAGGGACAGCGAGGCCACGGGAAGCAGCGCCUCCGCCAGAGACUCGGUCAGCGACAGGAGCGGCUCCAUGCUCAGCAUAGCUCGCAGCAGCAGAUCAUCCCGGAGACGAGGAAACACAGGUACUCACCAGCGCCGUCUUUCCCAUGAUGCUCCUCCGACCCUGAAGCGCUCCACCAGCGGCCUGAGGUCCCGCUGGAUGGAUCGAGGAAUCCCAGAAGCCUACGAGAUCAAAGUCUAUGAGAUCGACAACAUGCAGAGGAUGCAGAAAAGAGCAGGUGCUGGCAAACAGGGGCCAACAUGCUUCAGUGCAAAGCUGAAGUUUCUGGAGCUUCGUCAGCAGAGGAUCUCAGAGGUUCGAUCCAAAUAUUCCAGCCUGAGGAGGGAGCUGGAGGAGGCCAAACACAACCUCAUGCUGCAGCCCGACAAGUGGAACCGAGAGUUCGACCUGUGGCAGACCUUCGAGGUGGAUUCUCUGGAGCACCUGGAGGCCCUUGAGGUGGUGACGUCUGGACUGGAGACCCGACUGAACAUCUGCAAGGCCAACGUCAUGAUGGUCACCUGCUUCGACGCCACGGCCAGGAGACGGCAGAAGAAGCGACGACGCAAAACGCCGGAGCAGAGAGCCAUGAAGAUGAAAAACUGUGAAAAUUAGGACCUCUUUUAAGACGGUUAUCAUUUAUUAUGUACACUGAUCAGCCACGAUCCUGAAACCACUGAGAAUGAGGUUAACGCUCUGGUAAAUCUGGAGUCGAUUUUAUUCACGGUAACAUUUUCUUUAGGGAUGUCCGAUAAUAUUGGCCCGACAUUGGCAUACAAAUGUAAUAUCUGUCAGUAUCGUCAGCGGAUUUUUUUGCCUAUCAUAAAAACCGAUAAAAUUCUUAUUUUUCUCAGACAAUGUUUCCAUCUGAAAGCCUUGUUGUAUCUGAGAAUGCAUCCAAUGGAGCAUCACAAUAAAAUGAGGCAUAAUGUGUUAAUUCCACCACAUCAGAUAUGUGAUGUUACCUAGAAUUAGUUAAAUAGCCCACAGAUAUCGGUAUCGGUUGAUAUCGGAAUCAGAAAUUGAGAGUUGAACAAUAUCGGCAUAUCGGUUAUCGCCAAAAAAGCCAAUAUCGGACAUCUCUAAUUUUCUUGGUAAAUUGAUUGGCUGUUUGGUAGAUAAAAUGUCAGAAAAUGGGGAAAAAUGUCCAAAAUUGGUGUUUCCCAAAGGUCAAAAUGGAAAUCUCAUGUCUUGUUGCAGAUUACUGUCAUGAAGAAUGGAAUACUCAAAUCCAAGGAGCUGGAAUCGGAAGAUCUAGACCGAUCAAUCAUAUAGUUGGUGACUGGACUAAUAAUUAAACUAAUAACGGAUUAAUAGUUGCUGCUGUGGACACCUUCUCUUGGCAACGAUCUCUUCCACUAAACUGCAAAAAACUGCUCAAGAACGACUCAGGGAACACGACCAAGAGCUCAAAGUGCUGACUCAAUCUGUUGGAACAUACAGGAAGUAGUCUGAUCCACGGGACCCAAAGGAUCCACUGCUAGCCCCAAAUCCACUGCGGGUCCCACACAAUAACAUGUAGCUGGUUUUAAUAUUGUGUCUGAUCACUUUUAGGAUGAAAGAUUCAAAAAAAUGUGUCUGUAUUUUUCACACUUUCACUUUAUGCACACCUUAUGUUCAAUGUGCCACACUGUCUCUGAUCCCUUUAAACCAGGAGAGUCAAACUGAUCUUAGUCCAGGUUCCACAUUCAUCCCAGUCUGAUCUCCAGUGAACUGGACCAGUAAAACCACAGCAGAAUAACCUAGAAAUAACCACAACUCCUAAUGGUUCCUUUGGUUUAGUGCAAAAAUGUUCACAUUUAAGGAAUUAAAAUUCUUUACAAAACAUUAUAAACAAGCUGAAAUUUCUUUAAAAAAAUAAGUUCAGUUUCAUCAACAUUCAGCCUCAGUUUAUCAUUUCCACAUUACAACUUCCAGAUCACAGAGUGUUGACAAAGAAACACAACAUUUAGUCAUCUGGAACUGAAUCAUAUAGGAUUUUACUGUAUGAUCAAAACAACACGUCAGACAAAAAAACAACAAAAAAACUAAAACAAGACGAAAUAUUACAAAAAUGAGACACACAACAUGAACUAAAACAAAAAAGAGACAAAAAAAUUAGACAAAAAAGUUACAAAAUGUCAAAAAAAUAUACAAAUGACUAAAAGGAGACAAAAAAUGACAAAAGCGUGAAACAAAACAAGGAAUAAAGCAGAACACAAAAUGACAAAAAUAAGACAAAAAACACAAGCGAGACAAAAAGGAAACACAACAACAAAAAGAUGAGACAAACAACAAAAGUCAGACAAAAAAAGACAAAAUAUUACAAAAACGAGACACAAAACGACAACAGAACAAUGAACAAUCCAGUAUUUUACUUUAUGAUCCAAACAACUUGUCAUGGUCUAGAAAUGAUUUUAAAUUUAUAGUUUUACUAAUUUACAAUCUGCAGUUAAUGUCUUCUCUGGAAUUUUUACACUUUGAGGGCCGGAUUGGACCCUCUGGAGGACCACUUUUGGCCCACGGGCCGCAUGUUGGACACCUCUGAUCUAAAACUAACAGAACCAGUACUGUUACCUUCCUGUUAAACAACCUGCUGUAUGUCAUAAACGUCAUCAUUUACUGGAAGCUGAUGAACCAACAGACUCCUGGUUCUUCCUUUGGGUUAAAUCCUGUACAGAAUAAACACUGGAUGUGGGAUUUCACUACAACAGAUGUUUGUAAAAAUCUGUGCAGGGCUACAACAUGAAGCACUUUUGUAAAUGUGUUCAUAAUUCUACGUCACUCCGUCUUUACGCUGGAAACUUGAUGCAUUCAUCACCUACAUUAGGACACCAUUCACGACAAACUUUUACAUUUAAUGUGACGUUUGUGUUCUUUUGGUUGCUUAUAUUUUGAUAUUUCUGUCAGCCAACAUUCUGCACUUUGUGGUUUGUUUGUAGUGAAGCUUCUUAGACUGAUGGAGUCGUCUCUGACAGGAGGUUUGACCGUCACAGUUGUUCUCCUGCCACCUCUGAUGCCAUGUUGUAAAUAGAUUUUGGUACUGAAACUAUUCCAGUUGUGUAUCUGAAACCUUUAAUGGGUUGAUCUGAAGGAUGCUGUUUGGUGAAGAAGCAGGAUUGUGAAUCUUUUCUUCCUCGGAGGAGGACUGAUAAACUGACUGUUAAAACACAUUAGUGCAGAAUAAAAAAUGUUGAUUCCA